ACGUCGGCUCGCUCUUUCUGUCGCAGCCAGUUUUUGUUCAGAAUAUUGACUUGGAGUACAUUUCAAAGGAAAGUUGGAUCCAUGCGACUGACAUGUUUCGUUUUUUUUGAUGCGAUGGAGUGAUGCAGAGUGUUCAAGGAUCGCAGUGGGGAUAAAACUUGGGGUUGCGCGCUGGCAUGGCACUUCAGGUGUUCCAGCGCUCGGAUAGAAGCUGUUUCUAUGCUCUGUCAUGGUGUCACUAUCUGCGGUGAGAUUGCCCGGAGCACUAUGGAGGAAAGAAAGAGACUUUUCUUCUAUCUUCUCCUCUCGGCGCAGCUCUGCCUGAGCUCUACACAAGUCCUUAGAAUCGGUGGUAUUUUUGAGACCCGGGAGAGUGAGUUAGUGAGUGUGGACGAGCUGGCGUUCAAGUUUGCUGUAAAUAGCAUAAACCGCAACAAGACCCUGAUGCCCAACACCACACUGACCUACGACAUCCAGAGGAUCAACCUGUUCGAUGGCUUUGAGGCUUCCAGGAGAGUGUGUGACCAGCUGGCUCUUGGGGUGGUUGCGGUGUUUGGCCCCUCUCACAGCUCUUCUGUCAGUGCUGUUCAGUCCAUCUGCAAUGCCCUGGAGGUCCCUCACAUACAGACCCGCUGGAAACACCCAUCAGUGGACAACAAAGACACUUUCUUCAUCAACCUGUAUCCAGAGUACACGGCCAUCGCCAGGGCCAUCCUGGACGUGGUCACAUUCUUCAAAUGGAGGAAGCUAACAGUGGUCUAUGAGGACAGCACGGGUCUGAUGCGGAUGCAGGAACUGAUCAAGGCUCCUGCCAAGUUCAACCUAAAGAUUAAGAUCCGCCAGCUGACCCCGGGUAACCAAGACGCCCGCCCGCUGCUCAAGGAACUGAAGAAAGACAAAGAAUUCUUUAUACUUUUUGACUGCUCCUACCGUAUGGCUGCAGAGCUCCUUAAGCAGCUUUCAUCUAUGGGAAUGAUGACGGAGUACUACCAUUUCUUCUUCACGACUUUGGAUUUGUUUGCGUUGGACUUGGAGCCGUACCGCUACAGCGGGGUCAACAUGACUGGCUUCAGACUGCUGAAUGUUGACGACCCAUAUGUGGCCUCAACCAUGGACAAGUGGGCAAUGGAAAGACUGCAGGGUCCCAAACAAGAGAGCGGCCUUGUGGAUGGAAUCAUGACUACAGACGCGGCCCUGAUGUAUGACGCCGUGUUCAUGGUUGCUGUAGCAUCCCAGCGAGCCACUCAAAUGACCGUCAGCUCCCUGCAGUGUCACCGCCACAAACCCUGGCGCUUCGGACCUCGCUUCAUGAACCUCUUCAAAGAGGCACAGUGGGAGGGACUGACGGGGCACAUUGUUCUUAAUAAGACAGAUGGCCUGAGGAGAGACUUUGAUUUGGACAUCAUCAGCCUGAAAGAGGAUGGCACUGCCAGGAUUGCUGUGUGGAACUCGUACAAGGGGAUGAACCUGACGGAGUCCAGCCGAGACAAGAAUAACAAUGUGACCGACUCCCUGGCUAACAGGACUCUUAUUGUCACUACCAUUCUGGAAAAUCCGUAUGUGAUGUAUAAAAAGUCUGAAAAGGAGCUGUCUGGGAAUGAUCGCUUCGAGGGAUACUGCCUGGACCUUUUGAAAGAGCUCUCCAACAUCUUGGGUUUUACGUAUGAAGUCAAACUGGUGGGCGACGGCAAAUACGGAGCCCAGAAUGACAAGGGGGAGUGGAACGGGAUGGUCCGCGAGCUGAUUGACCACGUUGCAGACCUCGCUGUGGCUCCCUUGACUAUCACCUACGUUCGAGAGAAAGUCAUCGACUUCUCGAAGCCCUUCAUGACUUUAGGAAUCAGCAUCCUGUACCGAAAACCUAACGGAACAAAUCCAGGCGUGUUCUCCUUCCUCAAUCCCUUGUCUCCUGACAUCUGGAUGUACGUGCUGCUAGCCUGCACAGGAGUGAGCUGUGUGCUCUUUGUGAUCGCUAGGUUUACUCCAUAUGAGUGGUACAACCCUCAUCCAUGCAACCCAUCCUCCACUCUCAUACAGAACAAUUUCACUUUACUCAACAGUUUCUGGUUUGGAGUUGGGGCUCUCAUGCGACAAGGUUCGGAGCUGAUGCCUAAGGCUCUAUCCACUCGAAUAGUUGGGGGCAUCUGGUGGUUCUUCACCUUAAUUAUCAUCUCGUCCUACACGGCUAACUUGGCUGCCUUCCUCACCGUGGAGCGAAUGGAUGCGCCCAUUGACUCAGCAGAUGACCUGGCCAAGCAGACCAGGAUUGAAUACGGGGCAGUGAGGGAUGGAUCCACCAUGACCUUCUUCAAGAAAUCAAAGAUCUCCACCUAUGAGAAGAUGUGGGCGUUCAUGAGCAGCAGGAAGAACACGGCUCUUGUUAAGAACAACAGGGAGGGCAUCACGAGGGUCCUGACCACAGACUACGCCAUGCUGAUGGAGUCCACCAGCAUCGAAUAUAUCAGCCAGAGAAACUGCAACCUCACUCAGAUCGGAGGUCUGAUAGACUCAAAGGGCUACGGAGUGGGAACACCUAUUGGUUCGCCUUACAGGGAUAAAGUGACCAUCGCCAUCCUCCAGCUGCAGGAGGAGGGGAAGCUGCACAUGAUGAAGGAGAAGUGGUGGCGAGGUAACGGCUGUCCAGAGGAGGACAACAAGGAAGCCAACGCUCUGGGCGUGGAAAACAUCGGCGGCAUCUUCAUCGUCCUGGCUGCCGGUUUGGUUCUCUCUGUGUUUGUGGCCAUCGGGGAGUUCAUCUACAAAGCCCGCAGGAACGCCGACAUAGAGGAGUGCAAGUCCUUUAGCGCCAUGAUGGAGGAGUUGGGCAUUUCCCUGCAGUGUUACAAAGGCGUCCGGAGGAGGUCGCGGCCCCACAGCGUAGCAAGGUCUGCUUGUAUCUUCUGUCAACCCAAACGCACGCCAAAGCAAGAGGGAGGGAGACGGGACUCCAGCACGUGAGCCUUGGAACUAUAAACAGUUGGAACAUAGAUCAGAGACUGACUUUUGAUCACUUUCCACUCCUCAGAUUUGUUUGUGGAAGACCAGAGGAUAUGAUACGCC